AUGGGUACCAGCACGGGUACCAACACGGACAAACUCGAUUCAAGGACUGAGAAUCCAGGUGAAGUAUUAGGUGAGGGCAACCAAUCACCACCACAACCGACGUUUCAGCAUUGUUGGUUAUGCAAACAGCCCCACCAGUUGGACACAUGCCAACGGUUUCUGAGUAUGACCCCUACUGUUCGUCUCACAGAGGUGAGGAAAGCUCAUGCAUGUUACUUUUAAAGUUGUUUAAGUACUUGUACUUGUUGUCCCCAAGUAAAGCUGGGGGGACCGAAGAGUUGCUGCAAACUAAGAUCUACACUCUCCAGAUUGGUUCCCUUGAUGGUGGCCCGAAAUUCGUGUUGAAAGCCGUAGCUAUUUCUCUAAUAAGUGAAAACGUCACGGCGGUUCGUAUUGAGAAGUAUGCAAAGUUGUUGAAGAUUGACGUCAAGCGACUUCCUUAUUGGCAUCGACCAUCGACAUCAAGUAGACAUCCUCCUUGGCAUCGACCAUGCUCGACUUCACAGUGGCAACACGCUAGUCAAUGGAAAUUUUGCUGUGCGGCAAUUCCCUCUAGGGGCGGUAGUUUUUGGAGCUGGUCCCGAUGGUUUAUGUUCAGUGAACUGCAUCCAUCUUGUUCGACUUAAUGACCCAGUUGAUCUAACUUCUUUCUGGUCCACUGAGCAAAUGGGGGUAGAAGUGAACCCUUGCUAUACCAAGAGAACACCAGGGGAGAAACUGCUUAGCUCUAUCGAGAAGGAAGAGGCGAAGAUUAUUCGCGACAGUGCUGUAAAGGUCGGACAACAAUGGAUGAUCCCUAUACCAUGGGCAAAGGAUCCAAAUGAACUUCCGGACAACUAUAGACAAGCUUUGGCUAAACUGGAAAGUAUUGAAAAGCGGCUCUUAAAGAACAAGGAAAAUUCAAAAAUGUAUGAUGAUCAAAUAUUGGAAAUGGAAAAACAUAGCCAUGCAAAGAAGCUCACACAAAGGGACAUAGAACAACAUAAUGGUCCAGUGCAUUACAUCAGCCAUCACGUUGUUAUCAAACCGGAAAAGAAGUCCACUCCUUGUCGCGUUGUCUUUAAUGCUGCUGCGAAAUACCAUGGUCAUAUUCUCAAUGAAUACAUGCUCAAAGAGCCAGAUCUCCUCAAUGAUUUAGUUGGAGUCCUCUUACAAUUUCGGGAAAAUCAUGUUGCAAUCUUGGGGGAUGUCUCAAAAAUGUACCAUCAAGUUCUUGUUGAUCCUGUUGUAGAUGCACAUUCCCAUCGGUUCCUCUGGCGAAGUUUUGAAAACUGUGAACCAGACAUUUAUGUUAAAACAGUUCUCACGUUCAGUGAUAAACCUGCUCCACCCAUGGCAAAUACAGCAAUGGAUCUCACAGCUGAAGAGAAUCCUGAAAAUUAUCCAGAUGCAGCAACAACCAUCAAAGAGUGUCGAUACAUGGAUGACAUUGCCGACUCAGUUACCUCGAUUGGUGAAGCUGUUAAACAUACGAAUGAGAUUGAUCACGUUCUCAGUACAGGACACUUCAAGAUCAAAGAAUGGAUUUCUAAUGCAGAUUUAUCAGAAAGUCGUCCUGUGGACCACAUUGCAGUGCACAAAGUACCAGUGAGAUCGAAAAAAAACACUCCUGAAGGAACCACUAUAUCAGAAGAGAAAGUCCUGGGAGUGGCUUGGAAUCGAGAGUUGAAUUUGGUGUCUAUAUCAGUAAACAGCCCCAAAGUUCUUAUGGCCUGUAAAGUUGAUGGUGUAGAGUGGACAAGGCCAAUUAAACUGACAAAGCGGAUGGUGUUGAGCAUAAUCUCUGGGAUAUAUUCGAUGUAUUUGGAUUUGCAGCCCCUUGGAUUAUUCGUGCCAAGAUUGGUAUUCAAGAGCUGUGGAAGGGAGGAUAUGAGUGGGAUCAAGAUCUACCCCAACAAGUGAAAGACAACUGGUACAAAUGGUUUGACGACUUAUCAAAGCUUAAAGAUGUUACCUUUCAACGAUGCUUCACCCCAGAAGAUGUGUUGGGAAAGCCAAUCCUAAUAAUUUUCAGUGAUGCUUCAGAAAAGGCAUUUGGAGCGGUGGUCUACAUAAGGUGGAGAUUGAUGGAUGGUUCCUUUGCAGUUAGGUUCAUCAUGGCAAAGUCGCGAGUCGCUCCAGUGAAGGAAUUAGCAAUGCCGAAACUUGAACUGCAAGCAGCAGUAAUCGCUUGCAGACUCAAUCAUACUAUCCAAAGUGAAUGCCACUUGGAGUUUGAGAAGACAAUAUUUUUCUGUGAUUCCAUGAUUGUUUUGGUUUGGAUUCAAAAUGAAAUGAAACAUGUUUCUUUGUCUCCGUGCAUGUUGCCGAAAUCAAGGCUAAAUCAGACCCAGCAGAUUGGCGUUAUUGUUCAACUGAUUUAAAUAUUGCAGACAAUGUAACCCGAGGUUUGUGUGUCGAAAAUCUGUCCGGUCGCUGGAAACACGGAGAAGCCUUUCUUCUUCAGCCAGAAGAUCAGUGGCCAUCAAUGCAACUGAGUCAGGACAAUGAUGCAAUGCAACUGAGUCAGGACAAUGAUGUUGUUGUUAAUUUACCAGCCUGCUGUCUCCUGAUGCAGUUUACCAAGCAAUUCUCCAAGUACCGGCGGGCAGUUCGAGUCCUGGCGGUAAUCCAGAGGUUUAUCCACAACUGCAAAGCAAGGAAAGUUGCAACUUAUCAACGUCUGUCUGGCGCAUUGACAGUCGCUGAAUUGGAGGAAGCAGAAAAGGUUCUAGUUAAAGAUGCACAGUCAGCGAUAAAACCCUUAAUCCAGAAGAAUGAAUUCAGAAAUCUGGCACCAUUCAUUGAUGAUGAUGGUAUCAUCCGCGUCGGAGGCCAAAUUGAGAACGCACCGGUUUCAUAUGAGACUCGACAUCCACCCAUUAUUCCAUGUUGCCACUGGCUAUCUACCCUAAUCGUAAGACAAGCACACCAGUAUGGACAUCUCGGCAUAGCGGAAACCACAGCAAAGACACAGAAAAGAUUCUGGAUCGUCGGCUUACACCACAUUGCGAAGAGUGUGAAAUUCAAGUGCGUCUUCUGUCGGUAGAGGGCACAGAAAAACGAAAUACAAAUGAUGGCAAACCUCCCACCAUAUCGACUUACACCAUUCACACCACCGUUCUUUUAUACAGCUGUCGACCUAUUUGGUCCUAUCAAAGUCAAAGUUGGCCGAAACAAAUAUUGGGGUGUCUUGUUUACAUGUCUGAAAGUCAGAGCUGUUUACAUUGACGUUGCAACAGAUUACUCGGCUCCUGGUAUUUUACCCGUACUGAGAAGAUUCUUCUGCAUCUGGGGCUAUCCACGCUGUCUGUGGAGUGACCGAGGAAGUCAACUAGUAGGUUACGGAAAGCCAUUGAGGGAAGAGAUACCACAGAACUGAAAGAUUUCCUACACAAGAAGGGUAUAGAAUGCCAUACGAUCGGAGAUCAAGUUCUCGCUACUUUGGAGUGUCAAACGGUAUUAUUCGAAGCGGCAAACUUACUGAACCAACGCCCGAUUGGUCGUAUUCCUAAUGAUGCUGCAGACGGCACAUACCUCUGCCCGAAUGAUAUCCUGCUUGGCCGAGCAUCGACUAACACACCCCAAGGCCCUUUCAGACAAACAAAAAAUCCAUGCCAUCGAUAUGAAUUUUGUUAGCGGAUUGUAGACAAUUUUUGGAAAAGAUGCUAUCAAGAUGUUUUUCCAUCCAUGGUUCCCCGACGGAAGUAGCAUACUAAACGUAGAAAUGUUCAGGUAGAUGAUAUCAUUGUGUGGAUUCAUACGAAUCGGCAAAUAUCCAUACAAGAGAAUAAACAAAAGGUUCCUAAACGCUACAGGUUGUUUCAACUAUGGUAUGGAUACAUUCAAGACUUCUGGAAACCAGGCACUUGGAUAUUUGAAGGAUUAAAUACAUUUCAAAGUUGAAAGGAAUUGGAUGAUAAAGAUAUAUAUUUUACAGUUCAACACUCAGAUAUCAGUCACACUUCAUGCAUGACUAUAGAAAUUUAUAUCUUGUGAAUGCAACAUCUACAAGUGUAAAUUGUCGCCCUCCACCUAUCUGUUUGCAUCAACGCAAUUGUGUACAUUGUAUUUGACAAUUUGAAGAGUUUAAUUUAAUACCAAUAAUUUAACUGUGUUAUAUGAUUUAUAUUGAGUCUAUUGACUGUAGGUGCGUUGUUGACUUGAUGCCAUGCAGGGAGGGCUUUUCAAUAUAGCAUUUUGUACGAUCAAUGAUUCCUUUUUAAGCGGAAAUAUUUCAUAUUUUUGUACACUUUGGGGGCGACGCAAUCAUAGACGGAUUUUCAUAUUUAUUCCUGGGAUGGUGCCAGAAAUUUUAGGGGGGUGAGCCGUGAGCAGGUGACUGACUUCAAGGAGUUAUUGAGAGAUUCGUUUAAAGAAGCUUUAUCGGGCAUGAUUGCACAAGUGGUGAAACCAUUUGAAGAGAAAAUAAUAAAACUCGAGGAAAGAGUGCUUCAAUUUGAGGAGAAAUGCAACGAAAAUGAGCAAUACUCACGCCGGUACAAUGUUCGUAUUUACAGGGUGAAUAACUCAACAUCAGCUGAUAGUUACGGGUAUGACACAAAGGAAGAUUGCUUUAAAACUGUGAUCGAGUUUUGUAGAAAUGAACUCGGCAUUGAAGUCAAGCACGAGGAAAUCGAUCGAGCUCAUCGCGUGGGCAAACCCAACAGAGAUGGCGCGAGGGCGUUAAUAGUUAAAUUUAAGAGCUAUGAGUCCAAACGCAAAAUAAUGAUAAACAAACGGAAAUUAAAGGGGAGGAAGCUUUACGUGAACGAAGAUUUAACUUGGAUGAAUCAGCAGCUGCUGAAACGAGUUCGUGAUGCUAUUGCAGGGAAUGCUUAUGUGUUUACUGCUGAUGGUUAUAUUUUGGUCAAGGUUAAACCCGACCGCCCACCAGUCAGAAUUCGCAGAGACUCCGACUUAUUGAGAUAUGACUUCGAAUAA